AUUGCUUGUCAAUAGCUGACGUAAUCUGGUGUUCAGCGCCAAGACGAUGUCGGGCGGCGAAUGAAAGAGUCCAAAUGGAAGUUUCUAGGCUCGGCCUAAAUCGGAGGCUCCAGCUUCGUUAUCAGAACGCUCAUGAAGGUCGGCCCGGGUUGGCUUCAAUAGUAUAUAUUAAGGCGGAUAUUCACACAUCACAUAUUCAACCGAGACUCCGAGACGGUGGACAAACUGGAUAUCAUCAUGACAACCAUUGACCUGAGCGAAUUCCCGAAAGAUGCGCCGUCGCGGCCCUCACAACAACUCCGCUUUGCAGACGUGGCAGUUACGGCGACAGCAAAUGAGUUCAAGGGCAUAUAUCGCAAUAAGCAAUGCCAUGAGCCUGACUUUGUGCACACGCUCGACCGCGCCCAGGAUGCGGGCGUCUGCAAGGUCAUGGUGACCGGCAUGUCCCUCGCGGACGUCGCUUUCCACACAGACAUCGUCAAGGCUCGCCCUUCUCAGUGCUUCCUGACAAUUGGCGUGCAUCCGUACCAUGCUUCGGAACUUGUCGAGGGCGGUGAGGACUACCUGGACAACCUAGAACGCAGCGUGAAGGACGCGCUGGCUCAGGAUCCGGUCCAGAUUGGCGCCUUUGGGGAGCUGGGGCUGGAUUACGAACGAGAGGUCCACGCCUCCAAGGAGGUGCAGAUUCGGGCUUUCAAGGCACAGCUGGAUCUCUUCGUGUCCAACGCAUGGGACUUGCCGCUAUUUUUGCACUGCCGAGCCGCCUGCGACGACUUUGUGGACAUCGUUACUCCCUACCUGGAGAAGUUGCCACGCCGCGGCCUAGUGCAUAGCUUCGUGGGUUCAACCGCCCAGAUGGAGAAGCUCGUCGAACUCGGCUUCGACGUCAGCGUCAACGGAUUCAGCUUCAAGGACCAGGAGAGCCUGCGAAUGGUCUCCAAGAUACCCCUGGAACGGCUACAGAUCGAGACGGACGCGCCCUGGGGAGAGCUGAAAGCCACUUCGGAUCUCGUCAAGCGGUAUUGCGCAAAUGCGAAGCCCCUGCCGGCUUCCAAGAAGAAGGACAAGUGGGAUCCCAAGUGCAUGAUAAAGGAGAGGAACGAGAGCUGCACGAUCGAGCGGGUGGCGUUUAUUGUGGCGGGACUCAAGGGCAUCAGUGUGCACGAGGUUUCCGAGGCCGCUUGGAAGAACAGCAUAUCGAUGUUUGGUCUCGGGGAGAAGGUUGAGCAGUCCUAGAUCUUUCAGCACUCGGGAGUAGCGAGCAUGAAUUAGACGUCAGGAAUGGAAUCU